GCUGGGCUGCCAGCGCUUCCAUGUAAUUCCGUGUGGGAGGAGGAGGAUGGGUGGGUUUAAGUGUAGCUAUCAGGUCUUUUCUCCUCACACGCUCUGGUGUGCGCACAGGCUGAGCACCAAACCCGACAGCAGUCCACCUCUCCAUGCGAUGUGCAGCAGCUUCAACCUUUCUGAAGUGGCUGCCUCCCCCGGUCGGACCGGAGGCCGGCUGGUCUCCGACCUGCUCCAGGGAGUCAUCGGGGAGCCGGCGCGCUCCAUCGGCGCCAGGCUGUCCGCGUCCCGGCUCCCGCCCGAGCCGGCCCGGGCUCUGGCCGUGGAGCUGAUGGAGGACGGGGACGGCAUGGACAAGCUGGAGGACAUGUCUUCUGUGUACGACUUCGACCCGAUCACCGGCAACAUCCCCGCCACCAAAGUGGAGAUCACCGUCUCCUGCAGAAAUUUGCUGGAUAAAGACACAUUCUCAAAGUCAGAUCCAAUGUGCGUACUUUAUACACAGGGUGUCGAAACCAAACAGUGGAGAGAGUUUGGCCGAACAGAGGUGAUAGACAACACACUGAACCCUGACUUUGUUAGAAAGUACAUCUUGGACUACUUUUUCGAGGAGAAGCAAAAUCUUCGCUUUGACUUGUAUGAUGUGGACUCCAAGAGCCCAGAUCUGUCUAAACAUCCUGCAGAACUCAAUGACUUUUUGGGUCAGGUGUUCUGUACUCUUGGGGAGAUUGUUGGAUCACCGGCUAGUCGACUGGAAAAACCACUGGGGGGGAUCCCUGGGAAGAAAUGUGGCACUAUCAUUCUGUCUGCAGAAGAGCUAAGCAACUGCCGAGACAGUGCCACCAUGCAGUUUUGUGCUAACAAGCUAGACAAAAAGGACUUUUUUGGCAAGUCGGACCCCUUCAUGGUUUUCUACAGAAGCAACGAGGAUGGAACGUUUACUAUCUGCCACAAGACAGAGGUGGUGAAAAACACAUUAAAUCCAGUGUGGCAACCUUUCCCUAUCCCUGUACGAGCACUGUGCAACGGGGACUAUGACAGAACAAUCAAAGUGGAGGUGUAUGAUUGGGACCGAGAUGGCAGCCACGACUUCAUUGGAGAUUUCACAACCAGCUACCGAGAGCUAGCUCGAGGGCAGAGCCAGUUCAACGUCUAUGAGGUGAUUAACACAAAGAAGAAAAUGAAGAAAAAGAAAUAUGUCAACUCUGGAACGGUGACCCUGCUCUCCUUCUCAGUUGAAUCAGAGUUCACCUUCUUAGAUUACAUCAAAGGAGGGACGCAGAUCAAUUUCACUGUGGCCAUUGAUUUCACGGCAUCUAAUGGUAAUCCCUCCCAGUCCACUUCGCUGCACUACAUGAAUCCCUACCAGCUGAAUGCCUACGCCAUGGCCCUGAAGGCUGUUGGAGAGAUCAUUCAGGACUAUGACAGCGACAAGAUGUUCCCAGCUCUCGGUUUCGGUGCCAAAUUGCCACCUGAUGGCCGGGUAUCACACGAAUUCCCUCUGAAUGGAAACAUAGAAAAUCCUUAUUGUAAUGGUAUCGAAGGUAUCUUAGAGGCUUACCAUGAAAGUCUGAAAACAGUCCAGCUGUAUGGCCCAACUAACUUUGCUCCUGUGGUGAACCACGUUGCCAGAUAUGCAGCGGCAGUACAGGAUGGUUCUCAGUACUUUGUCCUCCUCAUCAUCACAGAUGGUGUCAUUUCAGACAUGGCGCAGACCAAAGAAGCCAUUGUAAAUGCUGCCAAGCUUCCAAUGUCCAUCAUCAUCGUUGGAGUGGGUCAGGCUGAGUUUGACGCUAUGGUGGAACUUGAUGGGGAUGACAUCAGGAUUUCAUCUCGAGGGAAACUGGCAGAGAGAGAUAUUGUUCAGUUUGUUCCUUUCAGAGAUUAUAUGGACCGGACAGGUAAUCACGUGUUAAGCAUGGCACGACUUGCGAAAGAUGUGCUAGCAGAGAUCCCUGACCAAUUCAUCUCCUAUAUGAAGAGCCGGGGUAUCAAGCCCAACCCUGCACCGCCUCCUUACACACCCCCAGGACACACACACCACCACACACAGAUCUGAGCUUCUCUGUGGACUGACAGCAUGCAGCAGCCACUCAGAGUCUGGUGGGAAUGCUCUACCUCCUGUUUUUUGGUGUAAUUAGGAGUGCAUACACCAAGGAAUGGGAAUUGAAUUCUGAGCUGUACCCUCCAAAUGUCAACUAACACGGUGUCUAGAUUUUAUUUUUUAAUCUUUUUAUUUUGUUUCUUUUGUGAUAUAAAUAUUUGUAGUCUCUCCUUGAGAGAGACUGAUCAAACUUUUCAGGACUUGUUGGUGAAAGCCUUUCAGGCAGUGACUGUUUCACGUCUAAUUUGACAGCAGGUCAUGUUGUGGUUAAAACUUGUGCCUGUCUGUGGUUGUUUCUCUUGGUGUAUCAGGACAUGUGAACUUUGACCCAAGCCUUGCUCAUCAGUCAUUGGUGUGGCCUAAUACAGUGACUUUUUAGGCAUCUUGUCUAUUCUCAAAUACGUUUUUAUAUUCUGGGAUUAUCUCUAUAUCUGCUAAUACAGCAGCUAUGAUGCUUUUUAAGCAAGUAAAUGUUUCUAAAAGCAUGUUGUAUGAAUUUUAAUUCCCACGUCCCAGUAUUAUUUUCAUAUUUUUCAUAAAUGCUUAUGAAAAGCACAAACCUAUCUGUAUAGCCAGAACAGCAUUUGAUUCUACCAGGUUAAUCAUGUUCUAUCCUUCUGAGUGCUGCUAUUCAUUCAAUCAUUUUGAAAAAAUACUAAUUUAUUCACGCUGGUCAAAUAUUUUUGCACUGCAGCCAUGUCUUGCGGCCAUGAUAUUAUAUUUAACAUUGACGACAAAGGUUGCUAUUAAUGUUAUUUUUCAAAACAAAUAACCAUUAACCACAGAUGAAAAUGCAAAUACGGAUUAUUAAGUAAUUUAUGUAUAAUUACCUUUAUUUGUCUCUCCAAACAACCUUCGUUUUCAUUUUUUUAAAUCAGAAGAAGUGAUAAAGGAAAGAGGGAGGUCAUUCUCUAAACAUAAUAUAAAAUACAUGAAGAUAAAUACAUUUCUUUAUUCGUUAGCUGGAUUCCAAAACAGACAAAGGGAUGUUGAAUCUUCCAGGCUCACUGUGUGGUAAAUACUUAAAGGCAGUCUGGAGAAAUAUCAUUGCAUGGUAAUUGCAUGGGGUCCUAUGUCAAAGUAUGACCAUAUAUGAGUUGCUAUUUUAUACGGAUAAACUGGAACACAGCAGAGUUUAGGUCAGUCAGGUGGAUUAUAACUAAUUUGUAAGCCCAAAUCCUGUUAUUUCAGCCUUGAUUCAGAUUCAGAAAAACUUUAUUUAUCCCCGAGGGGCAAUUGCAAUUGAUACCUAAGACACUACCUAUGGAGCCAAGACAUUUCUGCUGAACCUCUGGCUGUCACACAUCAGCAAAAACAUGACUUCCACGGUCAUAAAUCCCUCCCUAGAGAUUUUCAUUUUAUACAGCCCUGCCCCUCCUGGACAAUAUAACAGGUUUCUGGUGGCAAAACUGGUCUCCAGAGGCUCAAAAGGUUUGGUUAUAACAUUGGUUAUGUCAGGUUGUUUGUUUUUUUUUUUUGCAUGUGUAAAUCACGUUGGCAAUCUAUUUGUGCCAAAGAGUAAACAGGGAUCUGUUCUGUGAUAAUAAUUAGUUUUCCUCACUGUAGCCUGGCAUGAUGUUACACCUUCAUUAACACAGAUUGCAAUAUGAGAUGCCAUCUUUUAAAAGGAUGCAACAUUAACUAUGUUGCUGGGAAGUAGAAAAGAGAAAUUAGAGGAAGUUUGAUGGAAUAGGUUUUUAGAUUUUAAGAGUUUGGAUACACUGAUUUUUUUCUUUCUUUUUGUUCUUCUUUUACGUUACUGGUAACUCCAAUGUCAUUUUUGAGUGCUACUUUAAGAACAAAUAAAUGUACAAAUAGUUGUCAUAAAGAGGCAGAUCAAAAGUCAUACCACUUUGAGUAAUGGAUCUGAGUUUUAGACCAUCGGGUGAAUAAAAUUUUAAUGGCCUGAGAUGCAUUACGUCUCACUAUCAGCUUCAUGGGAAAAAGAUGUUGCGGUGCUCUGUUUUGCUGCAUUUAAUCAGCAGAGUAAAAACGUAUGGCAAGGGUCCUGAUGCAUUGAUUUGUGACAAAUAGGGUGCCUGAAUAAAGAGAACAAGUAAGAGAAUAUUACCGAACAUCAUACUUAAAGAACAUAUCAUAAACAUUCAGUAAAAUGUCAUUAUUUAUGUUCUAUGCAAACGCAUUCCCUAACAAAACUCCUUGAUUCAAAACAAGGGGAAUACUUUCUACAAAUAAAGCUGUAUUUCCUAUAUUUUGUAUGUUAUAAUAUCACUGAAAAUAAAAUAUCACAUUGUCAGUAUUAUUGGUAGACAGAAUAUUCCUGGCAGGGCACUGGGGAGGAAGAAGAAAGAAGAAGAAAGAAAAUGUUAUUGUUAACAGCAAAGAACAGACAUUAGGUGUUCAGCUGGGCUCGUAAAAAAACAUUGUUAGUGUCCAAGCUUUAGAUGAUACAUUAUCUUCAUCAUAAAUAUUAUACUUCAGGCUUGAUAUUUAAUGACACCCCAUAGGAGGGCAAAAAAAAGGGGUAGGUGGUCCAUGGGAUAAAGAUGUUUCAUUUUUACCUGUCUUCUUGAGCACAAGGUACGCAAUCAGUUCAAUUUGUUUAAAAUAUAAUUAAAAAAGUCAGGAUCAAUCAAAGGAUCAAUCAAGAGUACAUACAAAUUUGUAUGACAAUUUUAACUGAGAUGAUCCAGUUUAGAAAUUAUUCACUUUUCAUUUUCAUCUCAUUCUAGGUCCAAAGUUGGGUUGUUGUUUUUUUUUGUUUUUUUUUAUUCUUGCUUGGCAGGGGAAACCAGUCUUGGCACCAUUUUUAGCCUCACUUGCCUGCUCAUUUUAGAAAUGACAGUGUUAUGUCAGACUAACACUGAAUUACCUCAAGAAGUUGUCAUAAACUCACUAGAUCUAUUUUCCAUUUUAUGUAUUUAUUUUUGGUGGGAGAGGAAAAUCUAUUCACAUGGGAACUGUAAUACUUGCCAAAUUUGAGUACCAUCAGGUUAAAAAUUCAUUUUUUGUGAUGGUAGUGGUUCUAUUUCUUUUAUUAUAUCAUUCUAUUACAUGAUAUCUGCUCUUAAUGAGUUAAAUAACUAGCAUUACCAUGGAAACGCUGCUUAUGGAACAUAUUUAUUUGGUCACUGAGGUCUCACAAACGCCCUAAUUCAAAUAAUGCAGGUCUGGGUGAUCAGUGAAAGCUAAUUUCUAAUUAGUCUCUACAUCCAACAAUAUAAAAACAAGAUAAUUGCGAUAAUAUUGAUAUUCUGCUUUAUUAUAAUUUGCAGUGGUUCAGUGUUACCAAUCAGAGCAUCCUUUACUCUUUGAAUUGGUUUACAAAGUACUCUUUCUAUUUUUUCAUCAAUCUGACUCACACAGCAGUAAACAUGUUUGGCAAUUCUAUGGGUCAUCAUAGUUUAAUUAGGUGUAUUACUCAUUAAUCAUUUCUCUAGUUUUGUUCCUUGUUCAACCUUCAUACUGCUCAUUUUGAAAGACUGUAAAGACUAACGUUUUCUUAUUAUAUUAAAUUGACAAAGCAAUGAAGAAGCAGGAUUUGUUUCAGCUUAAAAGCCUCUGUUGAAGUGCUUCAUGUAGCAAACUAUAAAGGCCUUAAUGAUUUGAAAAGCAGUCACUCCAUCAUCCAUCACGCCAUACCAUUUAGUUGUGAAGUGAAAAGCUCUUGAGAUGGAUGAGGAUGAUUCAUCGGUGCAGGAGCGAAUAUCCAUCAGUGCUUGUCAAUACAGUGAACAGUGAAUGGGUUCAUUUCUUGGCUGAUUCUGCUGGUGUAAAAGUUGGUAUGCAUAUACUGUAGAUGCCAUCAGAAGUGUAACACCCUAUACUGGAAGAAGUUCACCUUCACAUUUUUGAUUUUCUUCUGUCAGGAAACAGAAAGCUUUCAGGAAGUUAUGAAAGGUAACAAAGUCAGUUUGGCUGGUUCCUCCAAAGGACUGUCAUCCAUGAAAGCAGAGUGUAAAUACUGCCUCGUACUUUCAUUUAGACUAGGGAACUCGUUUAAAACUUCUGAUGAUUACUUUGGAUCACAAUAAAACUUUACAUUUAAGCAUGAAACAGUCAUGAUUGGUUUCAGUAAAGUUCCUUUUAACACUCCCCUUCAUCAAGGUAAGCAUUUUACAUUUUAAAAAAGCUUUCUAACCGAACACGCUGAAAUCCUUGAAGGCAAACAUCUCCCAUGAGCCAUUAACACUUAAUCUUCACGAUGACUGCCUCUUGUAACUCUUUAAAACCUUCUUCUUUUUUUUUUUUUACAAUAUUACUAUUGCAUUGAAAACGUUACUUGAUUAUUUUGGAAACUUGACAAGCCAUUGCCCUUGUUAUGUAACUCUUUCAAGCCCUGAUUUCUUAGUACGUUAACUGACUGCAUGUUUUCUUCAGUUCCAGUCAGUAAAACACUGCCAGCGUGUGCGGGGAAAAGAGGGCACAUCAAGAUGAAGCUAUGUGAAUUUCUGUGCUGAAUGUGGCAGAAACAAUGGACUGUAUGUCUUUUCUCCUGUGCCUGGUCCCUGAAACAGUUUCUGUCUCCCCAGUGGUUGAAAAAAGAGGAAAAAAAAAAGAAAAAAAACUGUAGCUAUUUUGCAUGUUACAGUUGACACUUUUUUCCUUCUGUGUUUAUUAUUUUGGUAUAAUUUCACCAUUUCUUUCUUAUUGUUUAAAUAUCUUCAGUUUAUAGGUUUGCAUGACUCCCUACUUUAUAUUUUGAGGGUUUUUAAUGUACAUGAUUAUUGUCAUAUGGUCAUAUGGUGGGUUGUGAAAUGCUUUGUAUUGGA